CAGUUUUGAGGAAGACUGCCAGAAUCAACCAGCUGUGGGACACUGGAAGCCGCUAAUGCCAUCCAAAGGCAGCAAGGAGGAGCUAGAGACUGGAUGCCAGGAUGCUGAAGGUGUGGAUGAUGCCCAGUCCACCGACCAGCUCAAUGUGUCACGUCUACGCAGCUCUUCAGUGGAGAUCCGUGAAAAGGGGUCUGAGUUCCUGAAGGAAGAGCUUCACAAAGCACAAAAGGAGCUGAAGCUGAAGGAUAAAGAAUGUGAGAGACUGUCAAAAGUCAGAGAACAACUGGAGCGGGAACUAGAGGAGUUAACAGCUAGCCUAUUUGAGGAAGCACACAAGAUGGUGAGAGAAGCAAACACUAAACAGGCGGCGUCAGAGAAACAGCUGAGGGAGGCACAGGGGAAGAUCGAUAUGCUGCAGGCAGAGGUAGCAGCUCUGAAGACGCUGGUGAUCACAUCCACACCUUCCUCUCCGAACUGGGAGCUGCACCCGCAGCUCCAGAGCCCUUCUAAAGCUGUUUUCAGGAAGGGCCAUGGGCGAAACAAAAGCACCAGCAGCGCGGUGGUCUCAGCUGUCAGCCAGAACGUGGCUCCAGAGCAAGACAGUCGUGAGUUCAAAGAGGUCGACUCCAUUUUGUUUGCUGAGUUCCAGGCCUGGAAGGAAUCUCCAACUUUGGAUAAAUCCUGCUCCUUCCUGGACAGAAUUUAUCGAGAAGACGUAGGACCUUGUCUGGACUUCACUAAGCAGGAGCUGUCGGAGCUGGUGCGAGUGGCUGUGGAGCAGAAUACACUCACCAUUGAGCCGGUUGCUUCCCAGACGGUGCCUGUGGCGAAGGUGUCGGCGGAAGAGUGCAGCGGGCCAAAGUAAGGAACCGUGC